AUGGUGGUGGAAGCUGAAAGAUUUGUGCGUGAGGAGUGGGGCGCAAAGCGGCUGGAGAUGGAUUAUGUGAAUACGAGGGUUGAGCUGGGUGCAUGGUAUCGACGUUGCGGGUAUAGUGCAACUGGCAAGAAGAGAGACUUCCAGUAUGGCGACAAGAACAGAGAGAUUCUUGCCGAAGGGUUGGGGUUACUGGUUAUUGGCAAAGAUUUGUGA